AUGUCUAGGUACAAUGCAGCUCAUAGCAACCCUCAGGGCCCCGGCGACGCUCGUCCUACCGCCCUUCAGAUCAUCCAAGACGAAGACCUCGUGGGCAAGCUCACCGGAAAAUCGAUCUUCGUCACCGGUGCCAAUCAAGGCGUGGGUCUUGAGACAGCCCGUGCCUUCCACGCAACUGGAGCCUCGAUAUUCCUUGGGGUCAGGGAUCUUGCCAAAGGUCAGCAGGCCAUCGAGGAUAUCAAGGCCUCUGACCCGGAAAACAAGGCACCUCUUCACUUGAUUGAGAUCUCCCUUGACUCUUUCGACUCUGUUAGAAAGGGUGCUGAAGCCUUUCUCGCCAAGAGCAAUGAACUCAACAUCCUCGUCCUCAACGCCGGUGUCAUGUACACCCCUGAGGGCAGGACCGUCGACGGCUUCGAAACGCAGUUUGGCGUCAACCAUCUCGGUCAUUUCCUCCUCUUCCAGUUGCUCAAACCCGCGCUGCUCGCCGCUUCCACGCCUUCGUUUAACUCGCGCGUCGUCGCUGUCUCGUCAAUGGGCCACCGCGCAGGCGAAGUCCGGUUCCAUGACUUCAAUUUCGAUGAGCCCAACUCGUACCACCCGUGGGUCGCCUACGGUCAGUCCAAGACGGCCAAUAUCUACAUGGUCAAUGAGAUUGAGAAGCGAUACGGUAACCGCGGUCUGCACGCCAUCUCCUUGCACCCAGGUGGUGUUGUGACCAACCUCCAUCGCUACAUCACCGACCCUGAGAUUCUGAGCCUCAUGGAAAAGAACACAGAACUUCGAAAGCUCAUCAAGAGCCCCGCUCAAGGUGCUGCGACCUCGGUCUAUGCAGCUCUGAGCAAGGACUGGGAAGGAAAGGGUGGAAGGUAUAUGUAUGACUGCCAGGAAGCCGGUCCGGCGCGCCCCGACUCUGACACCAUGUCGGCGGACAAUGGCUAUGCUCCUUGGGCUUAUGAUGAGGAAAAGGCAGCCAAGUUGUGGGUUGAAUCUUGCAAGAUGGUUGGUCUUGAGGAAGAUGCCUGA